GUGCGCGACUCCGCUAGAAGCAUGCGGGAUGGUUGUUUGUACUGAAAUCAACGUGCGAAAUGUGUAAAAAGUGAUUUAUUGUUUGUGUAGCUGAUAAAAUAUUUAGGACUAGGUGUUUUUUAGGCGAAAUGGCGAAUAAGAAUCUGCAGUUUAAAACAAAUUAUGCUGUUUCCAGCAAGAUAGAACCAUUUUACAAAGGAGGGAAGGUGCAGAUAAGCAGCGAUGAAAAAUACAUCUUUUGCACAUGUGGAUCUCGUAUCAACGUUUUGGAGAUCAGCACAGGCAAGCUUAUCCACUGUGUGGAGCAUGACGAUCAAGAGGAUAUCACAUCCUUUGCGCUUAGCUACGAUGACGAGAUGCUUGUAACAGCCAGCAGGGCUUUGCUGCUGAAGCAGUGGGACUGGAGGCAAGCUAAAUGCAUUCGCUCCUGGAAGGCCAUCCACACUGUUCCUGUGGCCAGCAUGACCUUUGACUCCACCUCCACUCUUCUGGCUACAGGUGGAUGCGAUGGGACGAUAAAACUUUGGGACGUGGUGAAGCAGUACUGCACUCACAACCUUAAAGGCUCAUCUGGAGUAGUUCACCUGGUCCAGUUCCACCCAGAUAUCGAGCGACUGCAGCUCUUCUCUUCCUCUCUCGACUGCGGUAUUCGGAUGUGGGACCUGCGCUCCAGCCAGUGUGUGUGCGUCCUGCAGAGCCACUACAGCGCCGUCACGUCCCUCAGCUUCAGCAGAGACGGUGACACCAUGGUCAGUUCUGGUAGAGACAAAAUCUGUACAGUGUGGGAUCUAAAAACUCAGCAGGCAAAGAGAACUGUUCCAGUUUAUGAGGCUGUGGAGGGAGUCGUGCUUCUGCCUGAGGAUACAGAUUUAUCUCAGAUUGGAGUGAAAACCAAGGACUUGUAUUUCAUCACAGCCGGCAGCAAAGGUGUGCUGAGAGUGUGGCAGGCCAGCACUGCUCGCUGUGUUUACACCCAGACCCCUCCGUCUACCUCCACUUCUGCUUCUGAGGAAGAUGAGGAGAACAAUCCUCGCAGUCUGAUGUACUUUUUCCACCUGCCCACCUCCUCCAGGCUGGCCACGGUCACUGCAGAACACAACAUACUCUUCUACCAGCUGCCUGAACUCACCACACUGCAGCAAUUUGUGGGUUACAAUGACGAGGUGUUGGACGUGAAGUUCCUGGGUAAAGGUGACAGUCACAUCGUGGUGGCCACCAACAGCUGCCAGCUGAAAGUGUUUGAGCUUCUCACCAACAGCUGCCAGAUCCUCUACGGACACACAGAUACUGUCCUCACACUGGACGUGUUCAAAAAAGGCUCUCUGUUUGUGAGCUGUUCAAAGGACCGGUCAGUGCGUGUGUGGCAGAUGGACAGUGACAGUGGUCAGGUGCGAUGUGUAGCUCAGGGCACCAGUCACACCAAUGCUGUGGGCUCCAUCAGCUGCUCCAGGCUGAAAGCAGCUUUCAUUGUGACUGGCAGUCAGGACUGCACCUUGAAGGUAUGGGAUUUACCUGAAGAACUUUCUGCAGCAGGGACAGAAGUCCAUCAGCUGAGACCUCGCACCACGGAGAAGGCUCAUGAUAAGGACAUUAACAGUGUCUCAGUGUCUCCUAAUGACAAGCUGCUGGUCUCAGGGUCCCAGGACCGCACAGCCAAGCUGUGGUCUCUGUCGGGGGAUGGRAMCGUGAGUCUCCUGGGGGUGUUUCGKGGCCACCGUCGUGGGAUUUGGACCGUCUGCUUCUCUCCCAUUGAUCAGAUCGUGGCCACAUCUUCUGCAGAYGGGACAAUGAAGCUGUGGAGCCUGCAGGACUUCAGCUGUCUGAAGACGUUCGAGGGCCACGAUGCAUCAGUUCUUAAAGUCAUCUUUGUUAGCCGCGGCACACAGCUGCUGACCAGCGGUUCAGACGGUUUAGUGAAGCUGUGGACCAUAAAGACCAACGAGUGCGUGAAGACGCUGGACGCCCACCAGGACAAAGUGUGGGGGCUCCACGCCAGCCGCAAAGACGACAAGAUGGUGACGGGCUCUGCAGACUCCAACAUCACCGUGUGGCAGGACGUGACGGAGGUGGAGCUGGCGGAGGAGCAGGCCAAGCAGGAGGAUCAGAUACUCAAGCAGCAGGAGUUGUCCAACCUGCUCCACGAGAAGAAAUAUCUGAAGGCCCUGGGUCUCGCCAUCUCUCUGGACCAGCCUCACACGGUGCUCUCUGUCAUCAGAGCGAUUCGCCAGAGUGAGAAAAGCCAYGAGCUGCUGGAGAAGACGGUGCUGAAACUGCGAGUCGAUCAGAAAGAGUCGCUCCUUCGUUACUGUGUGGUGUGGAACACCAAYGCCAGGAACUGUCAGGACGCCCAGGCCGUCCUCCAGGUGCUCCUCACUCACCUGCCCCCCGAGGAGCUGCUGCAGUUCCAGGGAGCCCGAACCCACCUGGAGGGUCUCAUCCCAUACACAGAGAGACACAUGGAAAGGAUUGGCCGUCUGCUGCAGGCCACCAUGUUCCUCAACUACAUGUGGCAGAAUAUGAGAGUAGCUGGAGCUUCCAGUGUGACCCAAGGUGAAGAAAUGGACAUGACUCCUCUCACACAGACCCAGUCUUUGUUUUUCGUUGAUAAAGAGAAAACAGGAAAGGAAAGCGGUGAUGAGAGACAAGGCGAUGACAGCGACAGCGGGCAAGACGAAGAUCCAGACUUUAAAGAAAUCAUUGAAGUCAGUGUCACAAAGAAAGCCUCUGAAAACAGUAAAGCCUACAGAAACCAGCCUGGAAGUGAGGAAAGCUCAGAGGACGACACAGAAGACGAGGAGGAGGAGGAUCAAACUCUGCAAGUAAAGAAAAAUCUCCCCGUUUUUUCUCCCCCACAGCGUCGCACUCUGAGCUGAUGGGAUCUCAAACAGGCUUUCACCUGCAGACUGUCAGAGCAGCAGGAGACCAGGAAGUAAGGUGAAAGCAGGUUUUACCGUAAAGACUGAAGACUUUCCGAGUCGUGGCCUUUUAUCUGUAAAUCACGUUUUCCGUACAGAUUUUAAACAGAAACUGGAGAUACUUAAUCAUUCAGSUAUUUUUUCCCCAAGAAAAUAAAGAGGCUAAAAGAGGAAGAACUGAAAUGUAAAGAUGUGGACUCUGAUUUUUCAUCCUACAAGUUUCAGUUUUCAAGUGUUGCAUCACUUUGAUCUACGAUUUAACCCAGUUUCCUCAUGUAACCUACAUACAAAUGUUUUGAUACCAUUUAUGAAUAAAGAAAAAACUUCUAUACAGUG